GGCAACUCCUGCACUUCACGCAUCUCCAGAAUUAUCCUGCCAGACCUCACUUGAAAAACCAUGGAGGUUCCCGUGGGGUUCUUGGCAAAUCUCUGGAGCUUUGUUUCAUUUCUUCCCUUCUUUUCUUUGCUCUUUCUCCUUGGCCUCCUCAAAGCUGCAAUCAUUUGUCCUGUUGUGGUGGGAAUUAUUGUGACUGGGAAUUCAGCAGUGGUAAUUGGGCUUUGGCCUGCACAUUCUCUAUGGACUUACUUCUGUGUGGCAAGAACAAAGAGGCUGGGGCUGGUUCUCAAGAUUGUGGUUUUGGUAUCAUUGGGUGUACCAGCAGUUCUCUGGCCAGUCGUAGCAGUUGUUGGAAGCCUUUUAGGUGGAAUAGGGUAUGGAUUUUUCGCUCCCCUUGUCACAACUUUUGAGGCCGUUGGGCAGAAUGCAGCCGACAAGUGCUACCACUGCUUUGCUGAUGGUUGUUUGUCCAUUAUUAAAGGAAGCUGCAUAGUGGUGGAGGACUUUGCAGAUUUCUGCUUCCACUCAUACUUCUCCUACAUGGACGAGCUAAGCGAAAAAAUGCCCUCGGAUGAGAAGCCCUUGGAUGUAAAGUUAUCAAAAUUGCCAGGUUGUUUGUUGGUUGGGUUGAUUGGCAUGUUAGUUGAUGUGCCUUUGAUUACAGCUGUUACUCUGUGGAAAAGCCCAUAUAUGCUGUUCAAAGGAUGGAAGAGGCUGUUAGAGGAUUUAAUCGGCAGAGAAGGACCAUUCUUGGAGACUGUGUGUGUUCCGUUUGCUGGUUUAGCAAUCCUUUUAUGGCCUUUGGCUGUUGUGGGAGCUGUAGUUGGAGCUAUCAUUGCAAGCUUCUUCCUGGGACUUUAUGGUGGAGUUGUUGUGCAUCAGGAAGAAUCACUGUGUAUGGGAUUUUCCUAUAUUAUUUCUGUGGUUUCACUAUUUGAUGAAUAUGUAAAUGAUUUACUCUACUUGAGGGAAGGAUCCUGCAUGCCCAGGCCCAGAUAUCGUAGAAACAUGAGCAAUAGCCCUGAUAUGGAAAUGCUGGAAAACAAUCAUUACAAUGAAUUGAAGAACAGAGGAGAAGGUUCAUCCAGCAAAAAACUUAUUUCGGAAAACUCAAGAACAUUGAAGUGGGCAAUCCAACAAUACAGACCUAUGCAGGCAUGGGACUGGCUUUUUAAAUCCUGUGAGGCGAAUGGUAGGACACUCCUCCAUGAUGGCCUCAUAACUAUCAAGGACAUUGAGGAGUGCAUUGUGAAGAGCAAUUGCAGAACGUUGGGUAUAAAACUACCUGCUUUGUCGUUAUUACAGUGUCUUCUGGUAUCAGCUAAAUGUGACUCAACUGGCUUAGUGAUUGGUGAUGGUGUGGAAUUGACGAGGAGUAAUGUGCCAAGGGACAGGGUGUUUGAUUGGUUUAUUGGACCAUUAUUGAUCAUAAAAGAUCAAUUGAAUAAACUCCAAUUAGAAGAAAGUGAAGAAACUUGCUUGAGGAAGCUGUUUAUGGGGUGCAAAAAAGAAAAACCUGAGGACUGGAAUGAUUUUGGUUAUACUUCCGGUGAUAGUGUCAGGAGAGCACAGCUGCAAGCCAUAAUUAGACGGUUGCAGGGAAUUGUGGCUUCAAUGUCCCGGAUACCAACCUUUCACCGUCGCAUUAGGAAUUUGGUGAAGUUGUUAUAUAUAGAGGCCAUUCAGGCUGGUGCUCCUGCCAAUCAUAUAGGAGGAAUCCUAAAGCCAGAUAUAGUGGCAAGAUAUCAUCUGGAAGAGGGGAUAGAAAAGAUAGAUAUGAAAAUAAUGCAGAAGGGGACAGAGCAAAUGAAAAUGAGGAUGUAGUAUAAAUGGCCCUUGUACAGUUACAAGUUUUGUAGAAUUUGGCUAUAAUCUUUACGUAUGAGACAGUUUGUAAGAAUUAGUUCCAAAUUACACAUUUGCUGUAAAUGUUGAACAUGACUCAUAUGAAGGACCUGUUAAAGUUAAAAUCAGAUUUAUAUAUUCUCUUAUAUCCGGA